GACGGGAGGUAAUCCCCACCAUGUGAGUGGGCGGCGCGGGUAUCGGAGGCGUGUUUUUUUCUUUUCUCCCCCCCCCCCCAUUAUUCAAAUGUUGCUGUACCUAUAAAAAGAGUGCCUGCGUGCGUCAGAUAGUUUUCUCCAAUGGGUAAAGGUGACUAAAUAGGCUACUUGUUGUCUCUUUCCUUGGCCCAGUCGCAUCCUAUCGGCAGGUGAAGAGAUGAUGCACGAGCCUGGCGGUGUCCAAAUGGCGAAGCAUGCAGCCCUGUGCCUGAUGCUGCUGCCCCGGUUCCUCCUGGCCGCCCUCAUGCUGUGGCUCCUGGAUUUCUUGUGUAUUAGGAAAAAAGUACUGCUGAAAAUGAAAGAGAGGCAGGACAGCCCGGACGACCCUCCGGUGUGCGUCUCUGACUCUAAUAAGAUGUUUACCUUGGAGUCCCUCAGGGCCGUGUGGUACGGCCAGAAAUUGGACUUUCUCAAAUCAGCGCACCUCGGGCGCGCAGCGCCCAACACCGAGGUGAUGAUGGUCCAGGAGCGGCGGCGGGUCCGGAUCCUGGACUGCAUAAAAGGGAAGAGACCGCUCAUCCUUAACUUUGGAAGCUGCUCCUGACCGCCAUUCAUGACGCGCCUGGCGGCGUUUCAGCGCGUCGUGAGCCAGUACCUAGACAUUGCGGACUUUUUAGUUGUAUAUAUCGAGGAGGCGCAUCCGUCGGACGGCUGGGUGAGCUCGGACGCGCCGUAUCAGAUCCCCAAGCACCGCUGCUUGGAGGACAGACUCAGAGCCGCUCAGCUGAUGCUCGCCCAGGUGCCCGGGAGCAACGUGGUGGUGGAUAAUAUGGACAACUCGUCCAACGCAGCGUACGGAGCCUACUUUGAGAGACUUUACAUCGUAAAGGAUGAGAGAGUGGUGUACCAGGGGGGCAGGGGUCCAGAGGGAUACCAGAUUUCCGAGCUUAGAGACUGGCUGGAGCAAUACAGGAACGAUCUGGCUAAUUCCCAAACAUCGGUGCUCCAUGUGUAGUUAAAGAUGCUCAACUGCCUGCGGCUCUGCCCAUUCUGCUUUAGUGUCCAACUCACAGUGCAAAUAUCCAGAUGCUGCUAUCAAAUGUUCUCACAAGGCACACUAUGUUGUUGAGAUAUUCAGGACUCUUUGACAAAUAGCCUAAAGUCAUGUUCAAGCCUCAAUGCAGGCUGUAGGCUGUUCUAUUGUGUUUGUCUUUACCUUAAUUGAUUGCUAUUAGCGAUUGUUUUUUGUAUGGAAAAGUCUCGAAUCAGUUGAAACUGGAUUCAAUUAGGCCUAGUGAUCACUCUAUUUUUCUACAAUACUGGUGUGUGUGUGUGUGUGUGUGUGUGUGUGUGUGUGUGUGUGUGUGUGUGUGUGUGUGUGUGCGCGCGUGCGUGCGUUCAGGCUAAUGUCUCACUGGUGUUUCUGUGAAGUUCGGUUUUUAAAAGGCGAAGCCAGAAAGCCGAAACUGAUGUUUCUGACACCGGGUCCACCUUAGCAGGAUGCCUUCCUCAAUGAUCGAUUGCCAAACGAUGUAAUGUUGAAACAAUGUAACUGAACAAAAUGUUUUUAAUAAAUAUCAGAUCACACAGAUUUAGCCUACUGUUGACUUGUGGAACAAACACCUUA